UGGAACAGAAUGUGCCUUUUUUCUUUUUUACAACAGACACUCCCUUGUUUAGGAAGGAAAUUCUGAAUGAGCAUAAUGAGUUGUACAUCCUGAUUGGUUUUCAGCUUCAAGAUCUCCCCCACCCCCUCCUGAUUCUAUUGCUUGCAAGGAUCUGAUUUGAUAGGUGAAGAACAGUGAGGGCAUUAGGACCAAGAAAAAGACACACACACACACACACACACACACACACACACACUGCUCUGUUAUGUCUGGCAAAGUGUGUACUUAUGUGUGAAACUGAGCCCCAGUAGUUUGCAUCAAGUGAUCUCGAAGCAUCAGAGGAGAGGAAGACAGAACUGUCAACUCUGCUUUCAACAGAAAGUCCUUUUCCUCUGCAUCUCUGACAACAUUUGGAAUUUAUUUCUGCUGUUGCAGCCAACCUGUGGAAGAAAACCAUCAAGACAAUUUGGAGUUGUUGUUUUUUUCCUCCUCUUUCAGAAUUAGAAGGAAAUAGUUCAACUUUUAAAAUACUUUUUAAUGGACUUUUUGGCCGACUCGUCGCAUUUUCCCCACAAACAGAAACAAAACUGGAACUCUGUACAAUGACAAGAGAUCAUUCUUUUGCUCAGCGAAUCCAUCUAAUCUGUGAGGUCUCCUUCCCAAGUAAAUAUAGCCAUUUGAAGAGCUAGGAUUUUAUUUGCAAGUAAAGGAAUGAAGCAUCAGCGGUAAUAUCCAAGGCUGGUCCCCCAAGGGGUUGCAAUGAAAGCAGACAACAGCUUCACGAGGCAUGUGUGACUGGCUUUUAACAUGACAAUCUGUGUGACUUUGCUACUGAAACUAUGUACCCAAGGACAAGGUGCAGGUAUGGGCCACAGAAACUGCAGUUCCUCUUGCUGGUGCUGGUGCUGGCCUUUUUGCUGAUGAUGGUAACAAUGCUGAACCCAUCCGUCAAAGAUCUGAACAAGGAGAGGAUACCCCAGCCUGCAAGGUCUGUCCCUAAAGAAGGAUACCGUGUGGAUUUCGGAGAAAUUCAAGAGAUCUUAGAUGCUCAGGAGGACAGCCAGCAGCAUUUGCCCCUGGAGGGGCUGUCGCCUUUCAUCUCCCUAAAGGAGGAUGAGCUCUUGGUGGCUGUAGGGUCACUCACAGCCAAGAGAAACCACAGCAGAACCAGGAAAGGAUACCGAAUGGUCGGGCAGCAAAGCAGAAGGCAAGAGGGGAGCAAACAGGUGCGAGGACCCGAGUUCCUGCUGAAGUCUCUUCCUCUGCCGGGUGGAGAACGGACUGAGGCAAGUGAGCUGGCAAUAGGUGGCCUGGAAACUUAUGGGUUUAAUGAAGCGCUCAGCAAACACAUCCCUCUGCACAGGGAGCUACCUGAGGUACGGCAUUCUUUGUAAGUAAAGCUUCCUAAUUAACCUUGACCUUUCCAGUUCUCAAGAAACAAAAAUUCUUUUGCCCCUCUCUGGAAUGCAGAUCUCUUUUAUCUCAGCGUGAGAUAAAAACAGAGCACUCUCUCUCGCUCUGUGUGUGUGUGUGUGUGUCUGUGUCUGUGUGUGUUUGCUUAAUAAUAAUAAUUUAUUAUUUAUACCCCGCCCACUCUGGGAGGCUCCCAACAGAAUAUAAAAAAAUAAGAUAAAACAUCAAACAUUAAAAACAUUCCCUAGAUUAGAAUGGGGGUUGUGGCAGCAAGUGUCACCCAGAAUGAACAAUAUAAAACUUGGAAGGAAACAGCAGGCAUUUUGUCACAUCAUCCAUAACAAGCAAAAACAAAUUUAAGAGCAACUGUGGAAUGUAAUUCAUUGAUACACUGUGAUGUUUCUAUUUUUUAUUCUCUUUUCUGACCCUUACAUAAUACUGGCAAAUCUUAUUGCUUCUGAUAUGUCACCUUGGAUAUACCAAUUCAGACACAAAGGAAUGAGCAACACACUGUUUGGGGAAAGUUAAAAAAUUCACCACAGCUGCUUCUGUUCCACUUUCUUUAGCAAUUGAAGGAAUGGUACUCCUUCAACCAGGUGCAUAACAAGUUUUAAAUCUGAGUGUGCAGUUUCGAUGUUUAAUAAGGUGGGUGGUGGCCUCUACUGGGAAAUGUGGGAAUGGCAGAACAUUUGAAGAAAAACGCUUUUUUUAAUAGCAGGUGCAUAAUUUCAGGGGUAAUUCUUUCUUGCCUGUAGCAACCUGUAACUAUAGAUCUGAGUGGCCAAGGUGUAUGCUCAUGAUAUCCACCUCAUAUAGAAGAUGAAAUGAGUUUAUUCUAGUACUAAAUGACACUUGUACAGGAAGUACACUGAGAUACUGUUUAAACAGCUUAUAAUCCGGUUUUACAAUGUAUUUAAUUCCCCCGCAGGAAUCCUUGGCUUAUAAGCAAUACGGCUACUUAGUAAACGUAUUAUGCAAAACAGUAGAAGGAUUGUAUGCACCAUAUAUAAUCCUUAUUAAGUUCUGUAAUGCCACAAUUAAGGAUUUCAUGGUGGAACUGGCACAAUAUGUGAAAGUCAGGAAAACAAAACAGAUAAACUGAUACCUUUUAAGAACCAUUUCAUGCAAACUUUUAAGUUGCAAGAACACUGUCAGAGAAAACUCAAAUGGGAAGAAACCAAGAAGCCCAGAUUCCCCAAACCACUGAUACCUGUAACGGUCAUACAAUAUUUUUGAAAAGGUUUCUCUUCUAAGUUAUCUCAAAAUGUGAUACCUUUGACUGCUGUAUCAACUAUAUUCUACAGUACCAAAUUACCGAAGGCUUUUCACCAAAGCCAGACUAAACGUCUUUCCUUCUGCAGUGUUGAGAGGAGUUCCCUACCAGGACAGACUUUGCUCGUGUGCUCAAGACAUUGAUUCCAUAAAACAUAUUUUGUUGCACUGUGCAAAAUAUGAGCAAGCUAGGGCUGAACUGAUAUUACCCUUGCUGGUACCUUUCCUGGGAAAAUCAGAGGCUCACUAUGUCAGGUUCCUAUUGGAAGACCGGACAAAUGCUAGAACAUUAGCAGUGGCCAAGUUUUUAUUGGUGGUUGCAAGAACCAAUGAUCCCUAUAUUCUGAACGAAAUGCUUGUUUAACCUGGAGGUAGGCUGUAUGAAUUGUGUAUUGCUUUGUAACGAUUUGUUGGGUCUCUGGACCGUAAUAAAGGUUGAUGAUGAUAUUCUAUAGUGUUUUCAGUAACUGAAAGAAGGAUGGCAAAAUGCAAGACCAUCCCUAACAUUAGGUAAGAAGCAGCAGAUUGUGGGUUUUAUCAGCUCUACUGCUGCAUCAGAGUAUACAUGCACAUGGCCAUGUACCUUCCAUGAGUUCUCACAGGUUGUCCUGAGUCAUACUAGCCAAUUUUCACAUCACAGGGCUAAAGCAGAGCCACAAGAGGAUCUCCACCCAUGAAAUCUUAUUUUAAUAAGGUGAUUCUGUAUUGUCCUAAAUGAAAGAGGAUAAGCUUUGAUUUUUUCAGGAAAUUGAAAACAGUCACUUGUUUUAAUUAAAGCAAUAUAUAACUUGCUGUUCGGCAUCCAUUCACUCACAAGGCAGGUGAAUAAUGGCAGCAUUAUAGCUGUCUUUGCAUUACAUAUGGCAUUGGAUUCUAAAGAUUUAAUUAUGCAGAUGCAGGCAAUUUCUGCUUGGCUAGCACAUUCUGGGGUCAGCACUGAUGCCUGAAACAAAACCCCCCCACACACUUCCGGUUUAGCACAGUUGUUCCAGGGCAUGUAUAGAGUUACAGCUAAACCAAAAGACCACUGAUUUUAGGUCUGUUUGGAGUAAUUUUAUAUUGCUAAGAAUCUGAGCCUGUGCAGAUUCUUUAUGCAACAAUUUGGAUGUAUCAAUAUUUGUUUUUGUGUCUGUCUGAAGAAAGUUCUGUUAGUGAAGCUUUGAAACCAUAUUUUGGUCUGUACAUAUCCAGGAGGAGUCCGUUUUUAUUCAUCCUGUUGCUUCAAGCUGUGCAAUAUUAAUAUACGCAAUAGGGUCCCCAGAUGUUGUUGGACUACAACUCCCAUCAUCCCUAGCUAGCAGGACCAGUGGUCAGGGAUGAUGGGAGUUGUGCUCUACAGGGUUGGUGAAGUAGAAUCUGGAGAUUAGCUAUGGAGGAAAAAUUGAUAGAACACAAUAGACUGGCUAGAGGGGUCAAAACUUGGAAACUUGGUAUAUCUUCAUGGAUUUUAUUAAUAAACAAGAUAUUAACUGACUUCCUCUGAUUUUGCCAAGACCCCUGUUGUCAGACCUAAUUCCUAAGCAUUACUUGGCUUGAUAACAACAUAACCUAUGUCUGCUUUAUUUUACCUUGCAUUGUGCAUACUGUCUCAGUUGUGAGAGUUUAUGAAACUGGAUGUCCUACUGAAAGAUUGAAGUACUGAAAUUUUUAGUUAAUAAAAUAUGUGUAUGUAUAAGGUAAGAUAGCCAGGCACAAGCCUGGUUCCAUGUAAUUUGUAGGGCUGUACUUAACAGUGAAUUUAAAAUAAUAAUAGUAAUUUUCAGUGUUUACAUUUUGUCCUUUACACAGGUGCUUGAAGCAAGAAGCCAGCCUCAGUCGGCCUACAGCAAGUGUCAUUAUCUGCUUCCGUGAUGAAGCCUGGUCUACUCUCUUGAGAACAGUGCACAGUGUCUUGGAUACAGCCCCGAAGGACUUUCUCAAAGAAAUCAUCCUUGUAGAUGACCUGAGUGAGCAAGGUAGAUCCUCUUUUCGCUCCCACAGCCAGACUGUUCCUAACAGAUGUCUGCAGAACACGGUAUUAACAGGGUCAUGUUCAGUGGCGUAGCGUGGGGGGUGCAGGGGGGGCUGGCCGCACCGGGCGCAACAUCUGGGGGGCGCGCGCUUGCACUCACAGCUCUCUGCCCCUACCUGGCUCAUUCAGGGUUAGGGGGCGCAAAUUACUUGCCUUGCCCCGGGUGCUGACAACCCACGCUACGCCACUGAUCAUGUUGGAUAAACAGAGGAAUGGUUUGGUGUGUUCAGUACUUUAAAAUUCACAUUGGCUUCUUUUACUUAUUUCAUUUAAUUGUAGUGUCCAUGGACCCCCACUCCAAGAAGAAUUUGGAUAUUCUGUGCAGAGUAGCACUGCUUGGGUGAUGGGCCUCGUGUGGUUCUUGGUGCCUUGACAAAUGUCCAACCUUCCCACCCUUUGAAGCUUCCAUUUUAUUUCUUCAGUGAAGGCAGUUCAAACUCUCAGUUGCAUAUCAUUUAUUUUGAAUAGUGAUUUGUUGCUAACAGUGAGGUACAGGCAUGUGUGGUGUAGGGAGCCGGUGUGGUGUAGUGGUUAAGAGCAGUGGACUCGUAAUCUGGUGAACCGGGUUCGAUUCCCCGCUGCUCCACAUGCAGCUGCUGGGUGACCUUGGGCAAGUCACACUUCUCUGAAGUCUCUCAGCCUAACUCACCUCACAGAGUGUUUGUUGUGGGGGAGGAAGGGAAAGAAGAAUGUUAGCCGCUUUGAGACUCCUUAGGGUAGUGAUAAAGCGGGAUAUCAAAUCCAAAUCCAUGUAUGAAUUAGUCCAACAACCAAGGAAACAAUAUAGAAAUUGGUAAGACAGACAGGUAGAUAAACAGGCAGACCGGCAGGCCUAGAUAUUAAAUAAAGCUCUUCUUUGCUUUGUUUUCUUCUGACUCUGUAGAUUUCUGGGUCAGAGAGAAAAAAAGAAAAGCUAGCCUCUGGAAACAUUUGCAAGCUUGGUUCUUAGAGAGAGGUCUACAAACUCUGAACUAAAAUUCAAACCAUUGCUAUUUCAAUGGCAGGAUUUCUGAAGUCAUCCCUGAGUGACUACAUCUCUAAGCUGGCAGGUGUGAAAUUGAUUCGGAGCAACAAAAGGCUGGGGGUCGCCCGAGGCCGCAUGCUUGGUGCUGCCCGAGCCACGGGGGACGUUGUGGUCUUCAUGGACUCCCACUGCGAGUGUCACAGAGGUUGGCUGGAGCCUCUCUUGGACAGACUAGCCAGUGACAGGUAAAUGACUGCAUCUCUCCUCCUGUUGUCUUGGUCCAUUGUUAGGGGACAAUGGUUGCAGCCUACAGGGUUGCCGUGGCAGAAUGACUGAUGCUGAUCAUAAAGCUCAGGUUUUCAUAAGCUACUGACAAAUACCCAAACCAACAUUGACAGCGGUUGACCUGUGGGUGGAACUAGGCAUUGUCUUGGUAAACAUGCAUUUCCCAACCACCAUUUACUGAGAUAACAGGAGUGCAGAAGCAUGGGGCAUGAAGCACACACUCCCCAACAUUUCUCCGAUAGAAAUAGGGACAUCCUGUUCCAUAAUAAUAAUAACUUUUUUAUUAUUAUUUAUACCCCGCCCAUCUGACUGGGUUGCCCCAGCCACUCUGAGUGGCUUCCAACCUCUAUGAAAACAUUAUAGUUUUAUAGUGGUACCUCGGGUUACAGACGCUUCAGGUUACAGACGCUUCAGGUUACAGACUCCGCUAACCCAGAAAUAGUGCUUCAGGUUAAGAAUUUUCCUUAAGGAUGAGAACAGAAAUCGUGCUGCGGCGGCACGGCGGCAGUGGGAGGCCCCAUUAGCUAAAGUGGUGCUUCAGGUUAAGAACAGUUUCAGGUUAAGAACGGACCUCCGGAACGAAUUAAGUACUUAACCCGAGGUACCACUGUACAGGGCUGCCUUCAGAUAUCUUCUAAAGGUUGUAUAGUUACUUAUCUGCUUGGCUUAGGGGUUGCAUAACUCCAUACCAUCCCAACAUUUCUCCGAUGAAAAUAGGGACGUCCUAAGGAAAAGUGGGGCAUUCCGGGGUCAAAUCAGAAUGGCUUCUAUAAAUCUGGGACUGUCCCUGGAAAAUAGGGACACUUGGGGGGGCUGAAGGAGAGCCCUGCUAGAUCAAGCCUAAGGCCCAUUGAGUCCAGUGCUCUGUUCUCACAGAGGCAACUGGAUGCCCAUGGGAAGCUCGAGUGUCACAGCACUCUCCCUGCCUGCGUGAUCCUUCAACUGGUAUUAAGAGGCACACUGCAUCAAACAUGGGAGAGGAGGGGAGAUUUGCUUAAACCUACCCAGGCCUGCCAAUUUUCCUCUACAGAUGCCCCUCUGGCUGUUUUUUUCUCAAACUAGGUUUGCUUCCCAUUUCAAAACUCAACUGAGAACCAAUCCCAGUGAUUCUCCUCUGAAGUGCCCCUCGUUAGUCUCCUAAGAGAAACCUGGGCUUGGCAAUCUCCAGUUUCCUUUAUUACACUGCAUUCUGCCCUCUGCCUUAAGUUCUGCUCUCUUCCCUGACUGCCAUUCCCUCUAUUUCCGAUGUUCAGACAUGAGCACCGUUGCUUAUAGAGCCAAAAUGCUCAAAACAGAAGGGCCAUCAGACUAGGGGAGACCCUUAGGUUUGAAUAAGUACAAAAAAUCUUAAGGGGGGAAAAACUAAAACAGGGGGACCAUUGAGGGCCAAGCAUCUGUUCAGUGGUCAUGGAAUGCUGGCUGGCUGUUGAGGAGGUAGCAGAAACACAGCUGGAAGGGGAAAUAGAAUGGAAUAUGAUGGUGGAGGGCAUGGCUGGCUGGAACACUGAACAGGAGAACUCCAGGCUGCAACAUUUUGUUGCAGGCCACAUAUAUGUCAUUAAAAAAAAUUGUUUUCUACAUCUAGUAUUCACUCAUUUCAAAUUACGGUGCCUGGAGAUGUGAGGUGCUUGGCUGCAUUUGGUGUUCAGAGGGCUGAUAAAAUUUUAAAGGACUUGGGAAGCUUCUUGACAAGCAAAACACACACACACACACCCUGCACACGCACAUACAUUAUGCUCAAUAAUAAUUCCAUACUAUACAGGCACACUAUAGAAUGAGAAACCGAAUCAUAUAUUAACAAAAUUAAUUGGCAUAAUAAAUGUUACCAAAAGGGAUUGUAUGCGCAAUGAUAUUAAUGCAGAACAUGAAUCCAGCAGGAGCUCCGACUUUUGUCCAAUUAGCAUUUUGGGGGAAACAAAAUUGCAGACUUGUUGCAUCAUCAUCUUUUAGAUCUCGCAUUUCCAAGGCUUAUGAAACAUUCAUAAGCAAACAGCCUCAGAAUUUCUGAAAGAAUGCAUUAGUUCACACGCGAGACACUGCUAGAGCAGAAAAGAAAAAGCAGCAAAAAAAACCCAGCUUCCUCAUGUUAUACACUUGUUAGACACAAUUUGUUCGUGCUUCUGCUUCUUUACAAUAUCCCGAGAGACAGUUCAGGAGGUAAGCAUGGAGUGCCUACAUUGCUUGACCUGUUAACUUUAAAAUAUUUUUUUCCAUUGUCUGGUCCAGAAAGGCCACACAUCUCCCAGUCGAGUGUCAGGCCUGGGAGACUGGUGAAAUGGGUUCAAGAAGGAUGGAAGGCAACCAGCUGGUGCCUGCUGCAUUUCUGUGCUUGAGGCUCAGCUGAGGAGCCUGCAAACACCAUCACUGAUGUGUUAAGUUUGGGAGGUUGACAAAGAGCCGUAUCAGUUGACUUUUUCAGUCUGCCACCUACUGCCUGCAAGGUUUCCAAGCGCGGCUGCAUCUUUGGAGAGAAUGAAGUGCCCUGUUGUUUUCCUCUGAACAAUGGAAAACUCCUAGCUGAGUGUUAGGACAGGGCAACAGCCUGCGUUUCCAUUCUGAUACAGUGGUACCUUAAUUCGUUCUGGAGGUCCGUUCUUAACCUGAAACUGUUCUUAACCUGAGGUACCACUUUAGCUAAUGAGGCCUCCCGCUGCCGCUGCACCGCCGCCAUGCAAUUUUUGUUCUCAUCCUGAAGCAAAGUUCUUAACCUGAGGUACUAUUUCUGGGUUAGCGGAGUCUGUAACCUGAAGCGUCUGUAACCUGAGGUACCAUUGUGUACCAGAAUGGAAUCCCUGUGACUUUUCACCAGCCUGACUCUUCUCUGCCUCUGGCCUCAAUCAUCUUAUUCUUCUGUUCCAGCUUCUGCUUUUCAUGCCUCUGAUUAAUAAUAAUAAUAAUAAUAAUAAUAAUAAUAAUUUAUUAUUUAUACCCCGCCCAUCUGGCUGGGCUUCCCCGGCCACUCUGGGCGGCUUCCAAAAGAAUAUUAAAAUACUAUAAUACAUCAAACAUUAAAAGCUUCCCGAAACAGGGCUGCCUUCAGAUGUCUUCUAAAAGCCUGGUAGUUGUUGUUCUCUUUGACAUCUGGUGGGAGGGUGUUCCACAGGGAAGGCGCCACUACCGAGAAGGCCCUCUGCCUGGUUCCUUGUAACUUGUCUUCUCGCAGUGAGGGAACCGCCAGAAGGCCCUCGGUGCUGGACCUCAGUGUCCGGGUAGAACGAUGGGGGUGGAGACGCUCCUUCAGAUAUACUGGACCAAGGCCGUUUAGGGCUUUAAAGGUCAGCACCAACACUUUGAAUUGUGCUCGGAAACGUACUGGGAGCCAAUGUAGGUCUUUCAAGACUGGUGUUAUGUGGUCUCUGCGGCCGCUCCCAGUCACCAGUCUAGCUGCCGCGUUCUGGAUUAGUUGUAGUUUCCGGGUCACCUUCAAAGGUAGCCCCACGUAGAGCGCAUUGCAGUAAUCCAAGCGGGAGAUAACCAGAGCAUGCACCACUCUGGCGAGGCAGUCCGCAGGCAGAUAGGGUCUCAGGGUAAACAGCUGCCCUGGACACAGAUUUGACCUGUGCCUCCAUGGACAGCUGUGAGUCCAAAAUGACUCCCAGGCUGCGCACCUGGUCCUUCAGGGGCACAGUUACCCCAUUCAGGACCAGGGAAUCCUCCACACCUGCCCGCCUCCUGUCCCCCAAAAACAGUACUUCUGUCUUGUCAGGAUUCAACCUCAAUCUGUUAGCCGCCAUCCAACCUCCAACCGCCUCCAGGCACUCACACAGGACCUUCACUGCCUUCACUGGUUCUGAUUUGAAAGAGAGGUAGAGCUGGGUAUCAUCCGCAUACUGAUGAACACCCAGCCCAAAUCCCCUGAUGAUCUCUCCCAGCGGCUUCAUGUAGAUGUUGAAAAGCAUGGGGGAGAGGACAGAACCCUGAGGCACCCCACAAGUGAGGGCCCAGGGGUCUGAACACUCAUCCCCCACCACCACUUUCUGAACACGGCCCAGGAGGAAGGAGCGGAACCACUGUAUAACAGUGCCCCCAGCUCCCAGCCCCUCAAGACGGUCCAGAAGGAUGUUAUGGUCGAUGGUAUCAAACGCCGCUGAGAGAUCCAGCAGAACUAGGAAACAGCUCUCACCUUUGUCCCUAGCCCGCCGGAGAUCAUCAACUAGUUCGACCAAGGCAGUUUCAGUCCCAUGAUGAGGCCUGAAUCCCGACUGGAAGGGAUCCAAUGGUCCGCUUCUUCCAGGCGUGCCUGGAGUUGUUCAGCAACCACUCGCUCAAUCACCUUGCCCAAGAAUGGAAGAUUCGAGACUGGGCGAUAGUUGGCUAUCGUGGCCGCAUCUAAAGAUGUUUUUUUAAGAAGCGGUUUAAUAACCGCCUCUUUCAGCGGGUCUGGGAAGGCUCCCUCACGGAGGGAAGCAUUCACCACCCCACGAAGCCCAUCGCCCAGUCCUUCCCGGCUAGCUUUUAUAAGCCAGGAUGGGCAAGGAUCAAGGAGGCAAGUGGUUGGUUUCACUCGUCCAAGCAGCCUGUCCACAUCCUCGGGGGUAACGGAUUGGAAAUGAUCCCACACAACUUGACUAGACAGGACUCUAGCACUCUCCCACCCCGGCCCUGCUCCCACGGUGGAGUCUACCUCUUCUCGAAUCUGAGCAACUUUAUCUGCAAAAAACUUUGCAAAGUCAUUGCAGGAGAUCAUGUGGCCCCUACUGGGCCCUGAUGGAGCAGGUGGUUCCGCUAAAUUGCGAACCACCUGAAAGAGUCUCCUGCUGCUGUUUUCCGCAGAUGCAAUAGAGGCGGUGAAGAAAGUCUUCUUCGCCGUCGCUAUCGCCACUUGGUAGGCUCGACAUUGAGCUCUAACCCGUGUCCGGUCAGAUUCAGAAUGGGUUAUCCGCCCAUUGUUUCAUUGCCCUCAGAUCCGUGGAAAACCACGGGGCUGUCCGGCCUCCAUGCAAUCGGAGAGGGCACUUUGGAGCCAAACAGUCAAUAGCCCUGGUUAACUCCACAUUCCAGCGGGCCACCAGGGAAUCAGCUGAAAGGCCAUCAACAUGGGAUAAAACAUCCCCUACCACUCUCUGGAAACCACUUGGAUCCAUUAAAUGGCGGGGGCAGACCAUCUGAAUCGGUCCCGCCUCCCUGCAGAGGGGAAGGGUCACGGAGAAGUCCAGUUGCACCAGGAAGUGAUCUGACCAUGGCACUUCUUUGGUUUCGCUUUUACUUAGUGUCAGAUCACCAACAUCCAUAGAGGUGAACACCAGGUCUAAGGCAUGCCCGUGGCUAUGAGUUGGGCCAGACUUAUUCAGGGACAGCCCCAUGGAGGCCAUGCUUUCCACGAAGUCCCGAGCGGCCCCUUGUAAGGUCGUGUCGGCAUGGAUGUUAAAAUCCCCCAGGACAACCAAACUAGGUGUCUCCAGGAGGACAUCCGCCACGACCUGAAGCAGCUCGGGCAGGGAAUCCUUGGUGCAGUGGGGAGGUCGGUACACCAAUAGGAAUCCUGUACUGCCCCUAUUGCCCAACUUCCAGAACAUGCACUCAGAGAACUGGGUCUUUCCAAUAGGACGCCUGGUGCAAACUAAUGACUUCCUAAAAAUCACUGCAACCCCCCCUCCCCGCCCACAAGGCCUGGGUUGCUGUGCGUAAGAGAAACCUGGUGGACAAGCAGCGGCAAGGACGGGCCCAUCUGCUUCAUCCAACCAGGUCUCUGUCACACAUGCCAGGUCAAAUCCUCCAUCCACAAUCAGGUCGUGGAUGGCAGAGGUUUUAUUCAUCAUUGACCUGGCAUUGCACAGCAACACUUUCAGGUCAUGUGGGUUUCCCUUGUUGAUUCCAGUAUCCUUCCGGUCAGGACCAGACCUGGAGGCAGGGAUAGUCCUCAAACAACGACUAAGCCUGCUUCCUCGGUAAUGACAUGGUCUGGUCUUAGCGUAACUCCUCCUCCUACCCGUGAUCACUGAGAUCGGUUGUCCGAGUGCAUCCCCCCCUGUGGAACCUGCCCCAGCCAUUUUGUUUGCUGGGACCCACUCCCAGGCAGCCCUGACCCCUCCCCUUAAAAUCAAAUUAAAGCCUAUACAAAAACAAACUAACAGAACAAUAAAACUAUAAAAACAAAAAACAAAGUUACAAACACAACAUAAUUAAAUUAAACAAAUUCCCACACCCAACUAAACACCCACCCCACCCCACACACCCGAGGCCUCCCUGGAGCCCCAUAAGCUGCGGAGGCGAGUAUGGGGCCCGCCCCCCGGCCCAAGGUGGAAAAAGGGCUUCAGGGGGGAGCGGUCCUCCCCAAGACUCACCAGCAAAGCGGCAGCUUUGGACUUCUCUCUGCCACAGACUCUCCCAGCUCUCUGAGCCCUGUCACCUCUUCAGCUUCUGAAACCUGCACCUCCUAAUCUCCUGCCUCUUCGUUGUCCCACCACCAAAUCCCCAGGCUCUGAGCUUCCCCCCGUAAGUGGUCACCCAGCUGGUUCCUCCCACCAUUCCUGUGUGUCCAACCAGUCCGUGACCUAUGGCAUAGCAUAUCCAAGGGGUGGAUAGAAAUCCUGGAGUGCUGUGCAGUGGUACCUUGGUUCCACAACGGCUUAGUUGUCAAACAAAUCAGCUCCCAAACGCCACAAACCUGGAAGUAAGUGUUCAGGUUUGCGAACGUUUUUUGGAAGCCGAAUGUCUGACAUGGGUUCUGAUUGGCUGCAGGACCUUCCUGCAGCCAAUCAGAAGCUGUGCCUUGGUUUUCGAACAGUUUUGGGAAUCGAACAGACUCGCGGAACGGAUUAAGUUCAAGAACAAAGGUACUACUUUUUUUGGUCCAUCUGUCUCUGUUAUGUACUGAAGUUCUCACCCUGGGCCAGCAGGAGGAUACUGUAGAUAGUUUUCACUCAGGUCCACAUAUGCAAAUAAGGGAUUGAAAGUGACGUUCAGUGAUUGGAUAGUUACAGAAAAUGGUUACUGUUGCGUUCUAGUGGAGCUCUAUAUAAGCAGGCUGGCUGAACCCUUCAGCUCAGUUCUGUUCUGGCCUGUGAAUAAACGAGAGCUGUUUGAAGAAUUGCUGUGUCGUCUGAUAUGUUCACCCACAACUUAACAGUCUCUGACCUGAGCAGGUGCUGUUUCAUCUAAAACAUUUUGGAAGCACUUUUUUUUAAUACUGUAGAACUCUCCAUUGUCUCCCCCUGACAAAGAUACUUGUCAAAAUGCCCUGGGCUAUUUAAGUACAGUAUAUUCAUAAAAUGUGUUUUGGCAUCUGCUGAGGUUCAAGGCCUCUCCUUUCCUUUUUUGGGUGGAAGGGGGAGAAAUUUUUAAUGCUUCCCGGCUUUUGUUUUUGUUUUCAUAUGUUUGGCAUUUCUUUGGAAUGUGUCCCUAUGCAAAAAGAGAUCCUACGAAACUUCAGCUUUUUGUGGGUUCCAAAGGAUGUGGUCAGUCUGCCCAAACUGUGAGCUGCAUCUGGCUUUAACAAUAUACAUACCAGAGCCAUAUGAGAAAAUCUAUUUUGAAAAACAAAUUGAGGACAACAGAUAAUGAUUUAUUGGGGCAUGUUCGCUGUCCUUUUUAGAGUGUUGUAUAAAUCAAUAACAAUAACUAUUAAAGUUUAUUUCAGCUUAAAAAUAGAUGAAUUACCGUAAUUAACUUCAAUAUUUAUAUUAAACCUCUAAGAAUAAUGCACAAUGUUCAUGCUUAUGUAUAAACAGGGGAAGUCAUUUCAUUGCCAAUUAUUUUUGAUUCAAAAAACAAAAAACCCUUGGGGUUUUUUAAACAAACUUCCGUAUUGCUGGGCUACAACUCCCAAAAUACCUGACCAUUUCACAUGCUCGCUGGGCUGCUGAAACUUGUAGUCCAAAGACAUCUGGAGGGUCACAGGUUCCCACUCCUGACAUAUUCCAAAGAAAACAUUUAAAACAGUCCCUCAUGAUCCAGACUCCCAGCUCAGUUGCCUGGAACCAGUGUUGCUAAGGCAUUUUGAGAUGGGGGUGUGUGUUAGGGUCCCUCCACACACUGCCUGAUUCUAUAGAGUAACAUUAGCAGAUACUUGCCAGUAAUUUAUGCUCCAUUUCAAAGUGUUGAGGAGCUGUUGAUUGCCUGCCAAUUUUGAAGCAAAAAAUAAAUAAAAAUGAAAGGAAUUUAAGAAGCACCUGCCAACUUUCUUCUUAUUUUCUUUUGGAAAUUGAUGCCUUUGUAGUAAAUUCACUAUGAAAAGAUUAUAUUCUUCUGUGAUUAUGACAAAAACAGAUGCUUUCAAAAGAAGCACUUAAGUACAAACAAGAGGUAAGAUAGCACAGCUAAUUUUAUUAUUCAUUAUAGUCCUUUGAGUCUGUAAAGUUUCUCCCUCACACACACACACACUUUUGGUUUUGCUCUGUAAAAAAACAUAAUCAUUUGUAGCCAGACUGGACUUUGAAUCUUAACUGGUGUAAAUUUGUUUUGUGUUCAUUUUAUUUCCAUAGGAUCAUGCUGAUUUACAACCAGAAGAUUUAAUAACAUACAUUUCCCCCUCUAGCUUAAACAUUGUUCCAGCUACGCUAUCACAUUGACUCUUUGGGAAUUUGGCAAAUGACAUACAGAGAGAAAGAUUAAAAUACAUUCAUUUUCCAUUCCUUUCGUGACAAUUCAUCCUUAAAACUUACAAUCCUUUCAUAGCUAUAAACCAUGGGAAUCUGGCACUCUUACUAUUUUUGUAGCAAUAUCUUCAUAAGAACAUUUUAAAUCUGUGAUUUAGUGCUCUCCCCCCCCCCCUAGAAAAAUAGGUUCUGGUACUCACCAUGAAGUUGUUACAGUUAAUGCCACACUUUUUAACAACAAAAAGAAGGAGAUAUGAUAUCCACUCAACUAUUUCUUCCUACAGUCUCAGGAUUGUAUCUAGCUAAGUGCUACUCAGACCAGACCCAGUGAAAUUAAUGGUCCUUCAUAAUGUCUGUCUAUUUCAGCGGGUCUUCUCUGAGUAACACUAACUUUAUAUACAAUGCUUUUCAAAUGCAAUUUGUUUUCUUGCCCACCGGUCAAUCAUUAAGUUAUAGCAUUUUUACUACGAUUGCUUUUGCAUUUUUUAAAAUAUUCAUGAACAGUAAUUACAUUUCAUUCAUAACUGUUGGCUUAAAAAAAGUAGCAACAAAUCAUGAAUACAUCAUAUCAAAUGGUCAAAAUAUAGCCAUCAGGGCAGAGUCAUUUGGCCUAUUUAUUAAAAUUUAUAAGGCAUGUCCCAUUAUUUUGAAACAAUCUCUGGCAUGUUCUUUUUUCCUCAUAAAUUUUAAUAUUCCGUAACCUUAUUAAUUAGCAUGGAAUUCCAUAUUUUCCUUUUCCACUGGCUAGAACUUGUUAAAACAUCUGGUCUCCCCACUCUAGACAAUGAAUUUUAUUAGUAUUUUCCACACAACAACAACAUUAAAAAUAUCGAAAAAUAACAAUACACAAAACACAAAAACCAACAUUCAAAAAACAAAAAAUCCAUAUCUUACAAGUUAAUAAUAUAAACACUAAAAAGAAAAACAAACAUUGACUUCCACCAAUCCCACAGCACCUCCUUUAUCUCUCAUUGUGUCUUCCUGUUUUCCUUAUCAUCUCUAUCCUAACAUCUAGAUAUAAAUUCACUUUAGACAAUGGCAUGCAUUGUCAUAGAAUCAUAGAGUCAGAAGGGACCUCAAGGGUCAUCUAGUCCAACCGCCUGCAAUGCAGGAAUCUCAGCUACAGCAUCUAUGGCAGAUGGCCAUCCAACCUCUGCUUAAAGUCCUUGACUAAUACAGAAUGCUCCUUCCUAAUCUUCUCUUUUGUUGCUUCCAAGAAAUGUGGUUCCAUUUUUCAUAAUAAAAUAAAAGAAUCUUUAAUCACAACCAUUAUUCUCAAUACUGCUGCCCAUUCAUUAAUUUAUAUACUGCUUAAUGUCUGCAUGUGCUUGAGAAGAGAAUAACAUUGACCAGGGUGGGCUGAUUCCUGUUGGUGGCUGGUGGCCAUUGUCCAGAGGCACCAUUUUAUAGGAUCUUGUCAAGCGUCAGGGGAUCCAACCCCAACGGUAGAUUGCCAGGAAUGGAUAUGACAAGGAAGUUCUUACCAGUUGCUUUUUAUUCAGUGUUCACAGAGAGAGGCUUAGAAAGGCAGCCUCUUGAAAUAAUGGCAUUGCUCCGAGUAAAUCUCCCCUCCCCUCCUCUCCCACUUCCUCAUUUGUCAUCCCUUCUACGGCUGGCGCUGAGAGCUGUUUGCUUCUGAGCCAUUUGCUCUCCUAUUUUUAAGGCUUUCUGGGUUCUGGGAGAUGGUGGGUCUGAAAUGCUUUCUAGUGAUAACGUGUCAACCAGCUGCUCCGGUUCUACCUCUUCCUCUCCCAUUAUUUCCCAACUUUUCCCCUCAUCUUCCUCUGAGCUGUGAUCUCCCACCAACCCCUGUUCUGAACUGUCGUCUUCUUCUCUGGAAGAGCCAGGCUGGGGAGGUUGUCUCCACCAUUCCUCCUCUGCCCAGACCCUCUCAGAUCUGCACCAUGGUGACCCCCUCUCUUCCGUCACCACAACCAAUAAUAAUGACCAUGAUUCUUGCCCCAUCUGUUAUCUUUGAGGGUGGGCAGGGUGCUUUCACCUCACUAUGGGGACGUCGCAUGAUGCUGCGUCAGCCGAACAUAGGGAUUCAGGAACAAGUUGAAAGCAGAAGCAAUUGCCUAAUGAUACAGCUGCCCUCUGCCUGUUGCAUGCCAUUAUUCCUGGAGCGGGAUGACAACAAUGAAUAGUCUCUGGUCUACCUGGGUGUUUACAGAGAUGCUCGCUUUCAGACAAUACCUCUCAGUGCACCAGCAAAUUGUCAGUGUCAUCUUGGGAUUAACCCUGAAUUCAGUAGGGAUGUUGUUGUUGUUUAGUUGUUUAGUCGUAUACGAUUCUUUGUAACCCCAUGGACCAGAGCACGCCAGGCACUCCUGUCUUCCACUUCCUCCCGCAGUUUGGUCAAACUCAUGCUGGUAGCUUCGAAAACACUGUCCAACCAUCUCGUCCUCUGUCGUCCCCUUCUCCUUGUGCCUUCAAUCUUUCCCAACAUCAGGGUCUUUUCCAGGGAGUCUUCUCAUGAGGUGGCCAAAGUAUUGGAGCCUCAGCUUCAGGAUCUGUCCUUCCAGUGAGCACUCAGGGCUGAUUUCCUUAAGGAUGGAUAGGUUUGAUCUUCUUGCAGUCCAUGGGACUCUCAAGAGUCUCCUCCAGCACCAUAAUUCAAAAGCAUCAAUUCUUCGGCGAUCAGCCUUCUUUAUGGUCCAGCUCUCACUUCCAUACAUCACUGCUGGGAAAGCCAUAGCUUUCACUAUACAGACCUUUGUUGGCAAGGUGAUGUCUCUGCUUUUUAAGAUGCAAAUUAACCAGUUUUUCAGUCCCAUCCCCAACAGUUAAGUUAGCAUUCUGCAAUCACUGACCUUGCUCAGUCUGCAUUGGGCUGAUUCCCCCCCCCCCUCUACCCUGGGUUAUUUUUCUUAAAGAUUUGUUGCGCUUCAAGAAACCCGGGGGGGGGGUCCCCCGAGACUGCUAUCUUCCUCUCUCACACUUUCAGCAAGUUUCGCAAAUUAUCCGUAAAAACGAACAGGACGUUGGUCUCUUUCCAGAAGACGGAUUGUCUCUCCUGUCAUCGAUGUCAUUGACUGGAAGACCUUUGAGUAUUAUCCCUCUGCGGGCCUGCAAAGAGGUGUUUUUGACUGGAAAUUAGAUUUCCACUGGAAGCCACUGCCAGAACUCGAAAAGAAGGUACGACUGUCUCCCAUCAGUCCCAUCAGGUAAUGGUUCACCACCUAUUGCUGUUACCUCUAAGAAUCAGCUAGCAAAUCUCUCACAGCUGCUGGGGAGGUGGUCAUAUAUCUUCUGACUAUUAUUUUGAGGCUUUUAAGACAUUUCUUUGCGCUAUGCUACUUUUCUAUGCAUUAGGAAAUACAGCAGAAUAAAAUAUUAAAAAAUGAAAUGAAAUAAAUCUAACACAUUUAAACAUUCUCUAGGAGUCCAGCAAUACCCGGAAUAGUAGUAGCAGUGGACCGACAUUAUUUCCAAAAUACAGGGGGUUAUGAUUCUGACAUGACCCCGUGGGGAGCUGAAAAUCUUGAGUUAUCUAUAAAGGUAAGCACUUGAGAUAAAUACAUCUCAUCUCUUUUGAUAAUCAUGUUUUGACAUGACAUACCCCUCAACAGUCGUGAGGGAAAUGGGGCAUCCCUCUCUCUUUUUGCGUGAUGGCAUGGCAGCCAUUUUGAGGGCAGUGGUAAUCUUGUGUGGCACCCUAAAAGCUGCAAAAACCUGCAGAAAAAGCACAUCUUUUGGGCCACGAUCUCGCACAAGCGCAUGGCAUAACGCAGAAUAACUGCCGUAGGGCAUUCGUAACACAAAAUGGCUACUUGGAAUGCAUGGCUAUUUAUCGAAAGGAUGAACUGAAGGGAAAGUGCCCAGGGAUCACUGGCUUCCUGUCGCCAUCUUCUUUCAGCUAAGCAUGGGGCUUAAAGGGCAUUGUUGGACACGAAAUAUACUCUCGGCAGCAGUGGUAGGUGUUGCCGGGCCUCGCGGCAGCGACGGCACAGCGGGCUCUUCCUAUGUUGGGCGGAACUCAGCGCCUCUGUUUACAUCCAUGCCAAGACAGGAUCAUGUUAAAUCGAAAACGAAAACAAAGCUUCACUUCUGUUUCAGGCCUGGCUGUGUGGUGGCUCUGUAGAAAUCCUUCCAUGCUCCCGGGUGGGACAUGUCUAUCGAACAGGCAUACCAUACAACUUUCCUGCUGAAGAAGCUGUAGAGAGGAACAAAAUCCAGAUAGCUGAGACCUGGCUGGGUUCAUUUAAAGAUCUCUUUUACCAACAGGACAAAAUGGCACGCUUAAUUAAGAAGGUAAAUUCCUCAGAAGUCGUUGCUCUUCAGGGAGAGCCAAAUUAAAAGAUUAAAUUCUACAAAAAUUGCACCCUUCAAUUUUUGGCAACACCUUUCCAUGCUCCUUUGUUCUUUCCUACUUUCUUUUGCUUCCCUUCAUUUCUUUCCCAUUUACUUCUGUAAAAUAAAUGUUUCCAAAAUAUGGUUCCUUUUACAUGAUUUGUUCCAUUUACCAUGCAUGAUUUGGGCAGACUUUGCACAGAUAUUGAUGUGACAGUCACGUGAUCCAAAAAUUCGUGUUAAGGUCUCAUUUUUAAGACCAAGGCUGGAUCUACACUGAUAUGUAAAAACACUAUUAAAAGCUAUAAAAAAGUUAUAUAGUGCAAUUUCCCAUUGCAGAUGGAUCGCUGCUCUGCAGUGCCCUCUGAUGUCACAUUUUUAUAACACAUUUUUAACGUUAUAACCGACCAGUGUAGAUUCGCACCAGAUAUUUGUGUGUGUUUAAUUGAUAAAAGAAGCUGAGUUUUCAUAAUUAUAUGAACAAUAACAGUAAUGUUAACUUGUGUUCAAUGAAUGGUAGAAAUAAACUACAAUGCAGUGUGAAUUACUAAUGCAGAUAUUCAAAUAUAUAUAAGGGUGUUUAAUAACUUUGUAAACUAUUCUAUGUACUCUCCACAGACUGAGAAGCUGAACUGCACAGAGCGUGUUCUACUGCAAAAGAGACUGGGAUGCAAAAGUUUCCAAUGGUUUAUCUCAGAUGUGUAUCCUGAACUAUACCCACUACAACAUGGACCAAGAUUUUCAGGCAAGGCAAGUGAAAUCUAUACUGCCGUUGAGGCUCAUUAUUAAAUCAAACUUUCUGGCAACUGAACUUUUUAGUGCUAUUAUUUAUGUAAAGUAGGGGUCGCCAAAACUUUGAGGCCAGUGAACCCCUUUAAAUUUUUGAGAAAGUGCCAUGAGUGGCUGCCAUGGAGAUGCAGCGUAACAUAAAUUGGCUACCACAUCUAAAAGAGCAGAAAGACAGACAGGACACAAAAUAGUGCAGGCACACCCCUAAUCAGCUCCACCCCCCAUCAAUGGAAAACAACACUACAUCAGUCAUUGCCAUGCAUGCAUGUUGCUAAUUAGAAUUUUUCAGCAGUUGAAUUUUUCAGUGUAAUCCUAUUUAAAGAUGAGCCCCACUAAGUUCAAUGGUAUUCUGAAUUCAAUGGUACUCAUCCAGAGGAAAAUCUCUAUAUGAUACAAAAGUAUGAAGCCAUUUGCUCCAAGUUGAUGAAGCCCUGUCCAUAGUUGUCAUACCAGAUUGCAGCCUAAGUGAAAUUGUGAGACUGCCAUUCUGUACACGCUUUCCUGGGAGUAAGUUCUACUGAACACAACAGGGCUUACUUCAGAGCAGACAUGUGUAUGAUGUUUGGGAUUGCAUUCUUAAAGAGAGCAGAUGAAACAUCAGACAUUAUGCUAAGAGGUGGAAACAUAAUCAGGUUUUGGAAACAAAAAUACGGCAUUGAGAAGGUUAAUAAUUUCAAUCUCAAGAAUUAAAACGCAAUACUACUUUGUUAAAUUUCCAUGUUUGAAAUGAGAUUCCACUGUGCCUCUCUAAUUUUGAAAAAAGCUAAUUGCACACUAUGUUUAGAGGUGUGCAUCAACCACAAAUUGCCCACAAAACAUUAGCGGGUACAUCAACUACCACUGUGGUCUGGCACUUCUGGCCUGUGAACCAAAAUAGGCCCACUAGGUCUUCUCAUUUGGCCCAUGAAGCCAUGCCACACUCACCUGCCCUACACCUGAUGCCAUAUAUAUAAAGCCUUCCAAGGCACCCUGAUUCAGUUUGGGAUUCAUCUGAAUGUAAUGCACACUCUUAUUUUUUAUGUUAAAACACAAAUGAUUCUGUUCAGUCCUUAUUAUAUGAACUUAUUUAAACUUGCCUUGGUAUGUGAUGACUUUGAUUAAAAAUGUACAUGAAAUCUACAAUCCUAUACAUACUUACCUGGCGGUAAGUCCCAUUGAAGGCUAUAGGGCUUACUUAUGAAUAGACACACACACACACACACACACACAAAUUGGAUUGUAAAACUGAUGCACAAACACAGACAAAAAUGAUAAAUGUAAAAGGGAAAUAAAUUUCUUUUUAACUCAUAGUUUUUGCUUUAUUUCAGUAUCAAUAUUUAUUUACAGCUGUACAAUACUGGGGUUGGACUCUGUGCAGAGUACAGAUCUCAACAGGAUGCUGGUGGCAGCUGUCUUGCACUGUCACCUUGUAGUGACAAUAUCAACCAGGUAAUUUGAGUUUUCAAAGCAUGCACACAAUUAUAUCAAGUUAGAUCCCUGCUUCGGAAAAAGGUUGCAAUGAUACGUCGUGGAUUGCAGUGAUCCUGUAUUAGCUUUUCUAGGAGACUUUGUCAGCUGAAGAGCAGGAUACAGACUGGGAUUACAGCAAAAAGUUGCAGUGUGGAGUGCUGCUGUUUAUGAUACUGACCACUACAUUUCAAUUCUCUCACACCUUCCUCAAUAAGUCAGCCAGCAUUUCUCUGUAACUGAGCACACUCCUUUCACAUUGGGCUGCUUUUAUUUUGGUAUUUCCACACCUUGGGGCCAUUUUGGCCAUUCACAACCCAAUCAGUCACCAGAAACAAAUAACAACAACAUGUGUUACAUAGAAAAGAGUGUUAAGGAAGCAACACUGGAGAGGAUUGUAGGAGAGGAACUCCUUCAAAGUGUGAAAAAAGGUGAUAAAAACAUUAUAGGGAACAGUUUCAGAAACUAGUGCGAGUCCAAUAAAUAAUUGAAGGGAAAUUGGAAGGAAGACUCAGACGAAGGCCCAGAUAUAAUCAUAUAAAGUUCUGUAGAUUAAGGAGGCUGGGAAGCAGGCAGAGACAUACGUGGAGCUGAAAAGAAUGGAGAGUUAUCAAUGGUCAAUAAUGUGAAAUGCAUGAGAGUGAUUCACCUAAAGUUACUACCAUAGGCUGGUUAAGCUUGCGGCUCGAGUCUUUCCUCAGCUCUCGCCAUUAUUCUAUGAGAAGUUAACCUGUACCACCACAUUAAGCUGCAAAAUCAGUCAGUGUAAGACAAGUAGCUUAGAAAUGGAUGACUUGCUGCUAAAUCUCCCUUUGUUUUGUGCUAGUUUGUGGCUGGUUAAAAACAAACCCCCACAAAAUUUUGCUAUCUUAGUGGCCGAGAUUAGCACCUAUGGCUUCUCCAACCCCUUACAUCACCUUUUGUCUAAGCUAGUGUGUUCCUGGCUUCAGGUUUUGGUUGGCCUAGGCCACAUCUCACACCCCAAAGGGGAACAUCUCAUCACUUUCUUAUUGGCUUGGGUGCCAUGCGCAAAAAAAAGGCAUUUCCUUCUUUCAUUUGGUGCUUAUUUUAGCAAGCGCAAACAGGAAAUUAUGUCUUUUAGCUCCCCCCUCCUCCGUUCUCCAGUUGUGUUGUUCUUUUGCUUCCUUAGCACGUUGAAUACAAUGGCAUGAAGGAAAUCUGUUUUGGUUCCAUGCCCCAGCUUUGCUUUGAUGUCGAGCGUGAAAAAGUUGUCCUUCAAAACUGUACAAAAAAGAUGGAAAACAGCUCACAGCACUGGGAUAUGAAAGAGGUAUGUGGCAAGUUUGGCUCAAGGCUAUAUUAGCAAAAAUAGCUUGAUGGGUCAAGGCGCCUGGAGGUUUGCAAAUACUUCUGUUUUUAUGCCACAGUCCUGUCAUCGGCUGCAUGUAAAAUAUGUGUCCCAAACUAGACAAAGGAAUGCUGCGCAGAUCAAAACUGGGAUGGCCUUUUUCAACCUGAUGUUUGAGUAGGUGUGAGAAUAUGCCCUUAUCCCAGAAGUGAUAGGGUGUAUGGCUUGACCACACCAACCAAUCAGCAGUGAAACAGGCCAACGCAUUACAAGCCACUGCAAAUCCAUUAAGAGCAAUUCCUACAUUUCUUUGGGAAUCUGGCAAUCAUGUAGAAAUACAACAAGGUGCUUCCGCUAUUGUUUUAUUGUAUUGACCAUUGUUUUAUGCCACACCGUGCCCCGAGAUCAGUUCAUAUAUGAUGGAAUAGAAAUGUCAUAAUUGAAAACAAAACACAAGAUAGUGAUUUUACGUGACUGAUAAAUAGUGUUGAUGAUAAGCCUAACAUUAUUUGGUCUUUGUUCAUGUGCAGAAUGGAAUGAUUGUCCAUCUUCUUUCUGGUAAGUGCAUUGGGGCCAUGAAGACAGACCUUUGUCUUCAGAAAUGUAACAAGGAGGCCAAUCUGAUGUGGCGAUUUGAUCAUUCAUACCAUGUAGAUGAAAGAUGACUAUGAAGACCUCCCUGAACCCCAUUAUCGUUUCAUCCAUUUGAUUCCAAGGUACAAGAAAAGGGAGCUGAGUAUGUUUUCUUGGAACAAAAAAUGGACAACAUAACAGAUGCCCAAGUCGUGCAUUCCCACCCAAAAUUUACCGAAGUGUUUUGGUAUAGCAGUGAAUGCUGGGUUGAUUCCAGGAAACAGGAGAUACAGAAGAGAUGAAAUGACUUUUGUUUAUGCUGCUUUCAGGUUGCACAGAAUGCUUAACUGGGCAAUAUGGAAAGAUAUCAUAAAGACCAGCUACACAGAUGCAAGAUACUGAGAUAUUUUUCUUUCAAUGAAUCUUAUGGAACAAACUGCCAGAAGGCACGUGUUUAAUUUAGUAUGUUGUAUAAUUUAUGAAAAGUAGGUUAAAACUAUUCUUCUUGAAACUGGAAAAAAUCUUUUCUGAAGAACAUCAGUAUGACUCAAGUGGAGGCCUCACGAGCUAAACAAACAAUCCUGAUCAAUAUAUUGAAAAGUACUGCCAAGGGUUCUUUAAAUGAACAUCUAAAAACAAUACCGUAUAUAAAAACAAUUAAAACAAUUCCAACACAGAUGCAUAACAGGACAAAGGCUUGUUGAAAGAGGAAGAUCUUCAGCAGAUGCUGAAAGACUAAAUAGAGACAGUGCUUAUGUAAUGUUUUACAGGAAGACAUUCCAAAGGGUGGGGGGCCUCACACUCAAAGCCCAGCUUCUAUAAGGAAUGGAACAGACCACCUGAAAAUUUGCCCCAAGCGAAUUUUCUCAUGUUAGUCUUUGUUUGCCACUGAGCCCAAGGAACACCGUGGGAGAAAUCAUGUCCAAAUACUUAGAUGUGGGAAGAUUGUGGUCAUAGCUUUGCCAGGUCAAUGUCAAACACCAAAGCCAAAUGUCUGGAAAAGUUUUUAUGCUGAUGUAAAUCUAAAUUAAUUCAAAUGCGUGAUUUCAGAUGUAAGCAUAUAUUGUGUGUGGCAAAUAUGUCCCCACUUACUCCAUAAUGGGAGUUCAAGGGAGCCUGCAGAAUGCGUGUACUGUUCACAUCAUGGAUUGCAUAUCGUCUUUGGUUAAUUUAUCAAAAGUAAAGCCCUAUUUUUGCAGGUGAUGACGACAAAGCUGUCUCGAGCCAGUGAAAGGGAGGGGCGAAAUCAAAAUGACAAAAUACGCUCUUGCUUUGUUUGGUAUGGAAAUGAACCAAGGACACAGCACGACUACUUUUCCUUUUUAAAGAAAAAAACAGUGAGCAAGGAAAACUCUACUCUCCUGAGUGGAAAUUCUACAUUUGGGUGGUCUUUCAUGAUCUGUGUGGGGCUGGCAAAGAGAACUGCUGAACGAAGUUUGGCUUAACUUGGCAGGCUGACAAAUCCUCCUCUGAGAAGGUUUUUUAAUUUUGGUAGCAUACUGACAGAACUGAACUGGUUCAGAUCACUGAAUAUAUCAACGUAUUUCACCGACUUCUAAAAUGUUUUCUCAAAAAUGUACCAACGUCUGAAGUCUGAGCUAUUGCAGUCUUUAGCUUUGGAACUUCUUAGAUUAAGAACCCUGUAGAGAUUCAGAGAGAAUUUGCUCGUCAGCUUGGGAAGUGAGAGCAAUCAAAGUGAAAAAUCCGCUUUUCCGGGCAGGCUUCUAUGCUUUUGCAGAGCAGGCCAAAAUUUAUCUGGUCAGUCUAACUACGCAUCUAUGGUGGGGAAAGCCUGCUCCCACAAAUGACAGCUCACACAUUAUGGCAUCCACAAGGAAACCAAUGCAAACAAACCUCCAUACGGCAGCAUCUAUGUGCAGAGGUGCUCUGGGGAGUUUCACUUGUAGACAGUGCCACAGGCACUUUUCAUUUAAACAUAAGGUUGUGCUGCCUCCAAGCUGCUGACUGAGGCUUUUCAAGCAACUUCUGUGUGGAAACCAUAAGGAAAAGACGAAGGAGGACAAAACAGCGUUCUUCAAAUACCUCAAGAGCUGGCACAUGAAAGAGUGGAGAGUCUAGUUCUCUGCUGCUGCAGAGGGCAAGACUAGGUCUAAUGCAGGGAUCACCACACUUUGGGUCUCAUGGGUAUAUCUGCAAACCAGAUAAACAAAGGCCAUUCUAUACAAACUUCCAUCAGCUCCAUCCAGCACAGUCAUACUGGGGCUGGAGUUGCUGGAAGUUAACAGUCCAAAACAUCAGGAGGCCAUCAGGAGGAGGAGGUUAUUUCUAAGGUCAAGCAGGCAUCAUACCUUUUAUGUUUCUGAAGGGCAUCAGUGUUGUGACGCCAUCAGGGAUGAAACCUUUUGUUGCUGCCAUGAACCUUUCAUAAGCAAUGCCUGCUUUGUGCAAUGCGUAAAACAGGCUGUGGAGCUAGUUGAUAUAUGUUUAUAUGGUUUAAAUGAUUUGUCGGAAUUAAACCAAAUGAAAUGGGGGAAAAACAAAAACAAAAAGGCCAUUCUAGUCUAGCAUGGGUUUCACAAAACAGAACAACUCCUAUGUAUUUCAAUAUUAAAGUGAAUUUUUAAAUAACCAUAGUGUAUUAGAUGAGAUUCCCAAGCUUGCCUCACUUUUUACUGCCAACAAAGCAAUCAGAAAAUCAAAGUCUGUACUCAGUAGUUCUGCCACUGUGAUAUUCAAGGGUCAAAUGGUGCAAAAGCUACUCUGAUGGACAAGAUCCUUAAUUUUAUAGCUGAAGCAGAAAGUAUAAUGUUUUGUAAAACCUCAUUUUCUACACAAAUCCAUCACUUUAAAGCAGAAAUAUUAAAACAACUGAAGAAUAGCAAGUUAAAGUUCAUUUAAAAUGCAGAAUAAAUAUUUUUUACUUUUCAGACAUAUUGGUACUUUAAAAAUAUAUCAGUCUACAAACUUUCAGUGCCACCUAUUGGCCACCAAAAGCAACUGCUGUUAACAAAUGGAAUUAACAGCAAAGAAACAUAUUUGAUUGCACAAAUGGACAAUGUCAUUCUGUGUGGUUGCAAGUUAAAUAGAUUGCUUAUUCUAAAGAUUCUUGCAACUCCGCUACUGGAUUAUUAGUGGAAAACAGUAAAAAUAAAAUCAGUGUGUGCCUGUCCACAGCUCCAAGAUUAGGAAUUUAAAUAUUAAAUUGUAAGCCUGAAGGAUUUACAGUUGUGUGGACAGGACAUCUAAUCAUUUAAAACCUGAUAUUUAGGUGCACUUACAGGAAUUCAGGAAAAACAUAUUGAAGUCAUCAGGGUAGAUAUUUUCCAACUCAGAAUCAAUGUAAUAAAUACAUGGAAAGUGUCACCAAAAUCUCACAUCCUGAAACUGCAAGCCCAACUGAAAAGUCCACUCACAAACCAAGUAAGUAAGGCAGUGAUGAUGAUUACAGAUACAAAUAUAAGAAGGUAGCAGUAACUGGAUCUCUCUCUAGGGAGACUAGCUGAUGUGGCAUAUAUAAGAACUAAUAGUUUACUUAAGUUUAAACAGAAUUAAGUCAAGCCAACUGAAAACAGGUACAGGGAGUCUGUGGCCCUCCCGAUGUUGAUGGAUUACAAUUCCCAUCAGCCUUAGCAAGUGUGACCAGUGGCCAAAAGUGAUGAGAGUUGUAGUUCAGCAACACAUAAAGAGCCACAGGUUUCCCAUACCUGCUGUACAGAGAGAUUGGGCUCCAUAUUUGGAAAUACCAGGUCUGGUGUUACAGCAACCCACUAAGAAAAACAAAAACGUCAUUGUAAGCUAUUCAGUUUGGCAAGACAAGAGAGUUUAGCAUGAUGCAGCUUUGCAGAAAACAAAAGAUCAUCAAGACAACU